AGAACUACAAACUAUCCUUUCAUCAUCCGCUGCUUUAACUUUUAAUCUCUAUUUUUAAACUUCCUCUCCCUUUUUAUUCGUAGUUCAUUUAGCAGAAUAUUUUUAUAUAAAUUCUCUGAGACUGACGCCAUGAAAGAGUUGUUCUGAACCUAAAAGGAAACGGUCACGUUCCCUCUGUGCUGUUUUAUGGACAUAAUGUGUGUUUGACUUUCACAUCAAAGUUUUAAGCAAGUUUUCUGAAGGGAUUUCUCCACAUCUGCACCUCCUCUGCAAACGCUCCUCCUCCUCCUCCUGGGACUUUUCAUCUUUACGCUUCCUUGCUUACUCCCCCUCGUUUCCUCUGCAUCCUUCUAUACGCCACCUCUCCUCCCUCCCUCCUCCCUCCCUCCUUCAGAGCUCCUUUCCUCGCUCCGUCCUCACCUCCAUCAUCUCCGUGGUGGAAGCAGGAUGUCGCUGCUACUGCUGCUUCUCCUCGGCCUCUGCAAAGGUCUGGAGGAGAGCGGCGAGUCCUGCGCCGACUUCACGGACCUGGACCUGUCGCACUGCUUGGUGGGAACCAGCCUGUACGUGCGGCUGCUGCUCUACACGCGCUCCAACCCCGACUGCGGCCGCGAGCUCAACCACCACCGGCCGGCCUCCCAGCCGCUCUUCAACCUGUCCCGCCCCACCGUCUUCGUGGUCCACGGCUACCGGCCCACCGGGGCGCCCCCCAUCUGGAUAGACCACCUGGUCCACCUGCUGCUCGAGCAGCGGGACAUGAACGUCAUCGUGGUGGACUGGAACAAGGGGGCGGCCAACCUCAACUACUUCAUCGCCGUCAGCUACACCCGGGAGGCGGCGCACAACCUGACCGGCUUCAUCGCCACCAUGCAGGAGGGAGGAGCCUCUCUGAGCGCCGUGCACCUCAUCGGCGUCAGCCUGGGAGCUCACCUGGCCGGAUACGUGGGAGCCAACCUGGACGGGAGGAUCGGACGGAUCACAGGUCUGGACCCGGCCGGCCCGAUGUUCACCAGCGCCACGGCGGAGGAGCGUCUGGACCCUUCGGACGCCACGUUUGUGGACGUCCUGCACACCGACAUGAACUCAUUCGGGCUGCAAGGAGCUCACGGACACAUCGACUUCUACGCCAACGGGGGGGCCGACCAGCCGGGGUGUCCCAAGACCAUCUUUGCAGGUAAGUCGUACUUCGUGUGCGACCACCAGCGCUCCGUGUUCCUGUACCUGUGCGCGCUGAACCGGAGCUGCAGCCUCACCGGGUACCCGUGCGCCUCCUACGCGGACUUCCUGCAGGGCCGCUGCCUGCAGUGCGAGACCUUCCGGCCGGCGUCCUGCCCCCUGCUGGGCUACGACCUGACCCCCUGGAGAGAGACUCUGCUGCGACUCGGUCAGACCAAAGUCUUCUUCAGCACCACGGCGGCGCCGCCCUACAGCAAGCUGAACUACAGAGUGGACAUGGUGACCUGGAACCAGUACCUCCGCUGGGGGGUCGUCUACAUCCGGCUGCACAGCGGCAGGAACUUCACCGAAGUCCGAAUAGACCAGAAGCGGCUGCGGUUCGAGCAGUACACGUCCACGCGGCUGCUGGCCCAGUUCGACGAGGACCUGCCGCAGGUCCAGAAGAUCUCCAUGCGGAUCAAUACCGGCAACGUGAUCGGGCCCCGGUACAAGAUCAGACUGCUGAGGAUCCGCUUCACGCCGCUGGAGCGUCCCGAGAGGCCUCUGAUGUGCCGCUAUGACAUCAUCAUGGAGGAGAACAUGGAGGUGGCGUUCCGACCUUUGCCCUGCGGCUCCCACCUGACUCCCUGAAGCUCAUGAACAGAAGCAGAACUUUACAACGUAUGAAUAAUAACGAUAGCUUUAACUUAAAAUGUGAUUUUUGUGAAGUAUUUUAUUUGUAUGAACAUUUAACUAAGAAACACAAAUGUUUGUUAGUUUGAAAAAAUGUUUUUAAUGAACUCUUUUCUUCACACAAAUAGACGUGAAAAAGUUAAAUUGAUCCCGUUAUUGAUCCCGCUGAGCUUCUGACCUCCGCGUGCCUUCGACGCCGCCAUGACAGCGUCGCGUUUGUUCCACAGCGACCAUGGACUGUUCACCUCGGUGGUUUCCUGUCAAACGGACGCCGCCGUUGUUUUAGCAGAAACGUUAAAAUGAGCCGAGACGGAAAGAACGAGUCUUUUUUAUGUGUUUUUCACUCAAUGGUUUGAAAUAAAAAUACUUUGGAAAAACUC